GCCGUUACUCGCCAGUGUUUUGGUUACGUACGCGUUCGUCUAGUGUGUGUGGCCGAAUUACGUAAUUUACUCGUUUUGUAAUUUUUAUUUUUUUCGUAAAUUAUUUUCGUCCGAUAUUUUUUUCUCGUUUGAUUGUCGCGCGUUAAAUUGGUUAUUUUUUAAUAAUUCCAAUCUCGGAAACAUGAAACAAAUCGUCGUCGUUAUUAAUAGUUAGACCACAAUUUUUUUUAAAUAGUCUUUUUUUAUAAUAUUGUUUUGUUGUUUUUUACUUUGUUUCGUGUUUUUUUUCUCUCUUUUAUUUGUAUGUGCGGUUUCUUCUUCGUUGUGUUUUUUUCUUGUAAAAAUCACGUGGCAACAGCUAACUCAUUAUUAUGUGUUCGUAUGAAAUUGUUCUUUACUUAUUUUCUGCGUUUUGGAGAAUUUCGGAUAACGAAGCAUAACAUCGACGAUUACGGUUAAAAUGCUUCAAACGCUGAAUAAUCUGGCGGGAAAGAUAUCACCCCAUCCGGUUCCUUCGAACGGUAACGUCAUAGAUGGCAACGGUAACAAGCUAGGCCAUAAGAAUAACAAUAACAAUAAUCACGCCACUUUGAACAAUAAUUUUGGAAAAUCGGAAAAAUCAUUCAUCCAUGCUCCGUAUAAGAGAAUAACGUCAUCAGAACAAGGAUCACCAAUUGAUGAACUUUCUCAUAAAGAGCUGGACAUGCAGGACCAACCGGACCCGGAUUACAUCAAGAUGUUCGUGGGGCAAAUUCCGCGAACGAUGGAUGAAGAAGAAUUAAAAGCUAUGUUUUCCGAAUACGGUCGUGUACAUCAAAUAAACGUUCUUCGAGAUAAACACACCGGUCAAAGUAAAGGUUGCUGUUUCCUGACGUAUUAUACCAGAAAAGCCGCUUUAGAUGCUCAAAAUGCCUUACACAAUAUUAAAAUAUUACCAGGAAUGCAUCAUCCUAUUCAAAUGAAACCCGCCGAUAGUGAAAAUCGAAACGAACGAAAAUUAUUCGUGGGAAUGCUAUCGAAAAAAUGCAACGAAACAGAUAUCAGAAAUAUGUUCGAACAUUUUGGAACGAUAGAAGAAUGUACAGUAUUACGAGAUAAUCAAGGUAUUAGCAAAGGCUGUGCGUUUGUUACUUAUACUUCGAAACAAUGUGCCAUCAACGCUAUCAAAACCAUGCAUCAGUCACACACGAUGGAAGGUUGUUCGUCCCCUUUAGUAGUGAAAUUCGCUGACACUCAGAAAGAUAAAGACCAGAAAAAAUUACAACAAAUGCAGUCUAGUAUUUGGAACAUGGCCGGAAUUAGUUUCUCGCCUCAGCAAUACCUCGCCACUGCUGCUCUAAGUCAACAAUUCGCUCCUAAUGCUAAUGAAACCACUCAGUGCCUAACACCGUUGCAAUUACUGCAACAACAGCUACAAGCUUCAGCGGCGGUUACCAAUGGUCAUUCGAACAUGAACAACUCGCUGAAUGGACUAUUGCUGCAUAAUUCGCAAUCUUCGGAUUUGCACGGAUUAAGCAAUUUGAACGGGUCGUGCCAUAAUAUUUCAGAUAUUAAUCCAGUUAAUUUACAGAAUUUAGCAACGCUGGCUAAUCUAUCCGUCACAAAUCCAGCAGCAGUGAAUCCGAUCCACAUGCAGAAUUUAAUUUCUUUAGCGGCGUUAACUGGCGGUAAUUCAAUGUCACCUUCUGGUUCGACUGCUAACUUAACAAAUUCAGCUUUAUCAGGAUUAGCGAAUACUGCGGCAGCUGCUUUACUGGGAAAAAAAGCAUCUGGAUUAUUAACGAGCAAUGCAACCCCGUUGAGUGCUCUUACAUCAAACACCGCAACAUUGAAUGGUUUCACCUCUAACACUUUGUCUUUAUCUGAGCUUUCUGGAUCUGUACUCGGUUCAACGAAUAUCAGUAGAGAUAUAGCAAUUAAUGCGGCAGGAAAGCAAAUUGAAGGGCCGGUGGGAGCAAAUUUGUUUAUUUAUCACUUGCCCCAAGAUUGCACUGACUUGGAUUUAGCGUCUAUGUUUACUCCUUUUGGUACACUUAUAUCGGCUAAAGUAUACAUAGAUAAAGAUACAAAGCGCUCCAAAUGCUUCGGAUUUGUGUCGUACGAUAAUGUGUUGAACGCUCAACAUGCCAUCCAAAACAUGAAUGGUUACCCAAUUGGAACAAAACGACUCAAAGUUGAACCUAAACGUCGAAAAGACUCUAAACCGUACUAAAAAAAAAAUUAAAAUAUAACAACUAAAUAAUAACGAAACCGCCGUGUAGUUUAUGUGGAAAACGGAUGACUUAUGUUCCUAUUCCAUAAUUUUACGAUUGUACUAAAUGUUUACGUGAAAAAAAUCAUUGUCCUUUUUCUUUUUUUUUUCUUCUUUUUCCUCCCUACUUUCAUCAUCAUUCUCGUUAGCAUAUGUUCAUUUAUUUUUUUGUUUGUUGUCAAUGUGUAGUCUGUAGUCGAUGUUUUCUUAUUUUAUUAUUUCCUUUACUGAUUUUCUGGCAUUUUAUCCUUUUGAACUGCGUGUCCUGUUUGUUGAACAUGAACUACUCGUAUUUAUUGUUUUCGUGCAGAAUAUUCGUAAUCAGUUUUACGUCUUUUUGUUUUUGGAGGUUCCAUUUUUUGAAUGUGUACUUAUUGUUUUUUCUUUCUAAAAAAAAAAAAAAAAAUACGUAACGGGACGAUGAAGAAAAAAUUUUUCGAUGUUGUAAAUUAUUUGGAUAUUAUUAAAACAAAAUAACGUUUAAUAGUCUUUCAGAGUUACUCAACGUCUUUGUUUUACCUAUUUAGUUUUUAUUUUUCUUUCGAGUGUCCAUAUUGAAGUCUUAUUUAUUUUUUUUUGUUUUCGUUUUUUUUUCUUUUCUUUCUUUUUGUUUUCGUAUUUUUUUUUUCUUUUUAAAUCAGUCACGAAAGAUAGUUAUCAUUAUGAUUUUUACCAAAGCUUAAAUUUUUUGUUCGCGUUAUUUUUAUUUAUAUUAAUUUUUUUCUUUUUUUUUCUUUUCGUUUGUAAAAGUGUUCUUUUAUUUUACAUGUAAUGUUUUUUCGUUAAUUGACCAUGUUGAACUUUUAUUAUUUCUGUUGAAUGUAAAUUUUUUAUUUCUACUUUUUUUUCUUUCUUUCUUUCCUUUCGUUCUUAAUUGGACACCGAGAACUACAUAUUUCUACUAUAUUAACAUACGUUUGUUUUUUCAUUAUUGAUUUUCUUUUUCCUUUCUCGAUGAAAUCGUUAUUCUGUGUAAUUAUUAUGGAAUAAUUAUUGAUCUCUGAUUAAUGAAUGGAACGGUACUGUUUAUUUGUUCAAAUUCUGUUUUGUCCCCAUUCUGUUUCAAUUCCCAUACGUUUUGUUCGUUUUCACCUUCUAUAGUAACUUACAUAAACAUAAAAAGCUCGAAAAAAUUUAUCCGGUGUACUGGUGUAAUGUUUUGUUUUGUUUUUGUUUUCAUUUCUUUUAUUUUUUUUUACAUAUCAAUGGCAACCACCUGUUUCGUUUGUAAAACGUGAAUUUUUAUAUUUCAAUAUUGUGUUUUGAGAAGGAAAACUUUGAUACGUGUGUACGUGUUGUGUUGAGGGUUUUAUUUUGUUUUAGUACGUAAUGUCAGUGUUGCCUAUUUUUUUUUCUUUUUUUUCGUUUUUUUAAAAAAUUAAUUUCUUGUGAUAAAAUGUGAAAUUAUUGUUUUGUGAUGAUUUUUGAAAGUGUAAUUUUUAUAAGUGUUCUUUAGUCACGGCAACACUGUAUUGUGAAAUUUCACCGUAGUUUUUCACGCAGGGCUGGCGAGCUUUCAUUUUCUGUCGUGUUGCAAAAAUUUAAAACAUUGAAUGUAGUAGGUACAUAUGUGACGUGCUCUACGAGAAUCGACCUUAGGUCAAAUAAAGGGUUUUCAAGUUAAUGAGCGAUUCUUAUAGAAAAAAAGACGCUCUUUCCAAUGGCGCAAACCUCAACUUCCUAUCUCUUUUACCUUCCUCGGAAAUCGACCUCAAAGUUGAGGGGUAGGGCCAAAAUCAACUCAAAAUUCAUUUUUUUUAUUUUCUAUGAUUUUGGCAGUAAAAAAUAACCUAAUUUGCAUACAAACACUUAUCAAGCCCCAUUCGUGUAUUUUACUUCAUAAAAACUUGUUAAUUCAUUAAUUUUUUAAAAGAAGAAAAAGUAGAAUAAAUUUCAUUUUCAGUGAAAAAUCUGCUUGAAAAAAUAUUAAAAUAAAAAAAACGACUGAAAAAAAAAAAAAAAUUGUUGGCAUAGGUAGGAUUUGAACUCAGUACCUCCCGCGUGAAAGUCCAUCAGCUGCGCCACGCGGCUAGCGUGGCAGCAUAGGAACCCGCGGUUAUGACUGGUUUACACGAACAGUCACAGAGCUAAAGGGGACCUAGACGAAACUACUGGAGACGUUUCUGUUGCAUACCUACCCGAAAAUAAGGCGAAAACACACUUCAAAACUUUAAAUGCAUGUUUCUCAAAACACAUUUUUUUACCUAAGGUCGAUUCUCGUAGAGCACGUCACAUAUAAAGACAUUAUAAUAGAUUGUAAGGGUGGGUUAAAAUUCUAUUCCCUCUUCCCCCUCCCCGGGAAGUUUUAUGUUCUAGCUCGUAUUUUUUCUGCGAAAAAGGGUUGAUUCUUGACCAAAAAAAAUUGGCCAAUUUCGACAAAAACACGUGUUCUUGGAAGAAAUGUGUGUUUUUUGGAUAGAAACUAAAAUUAUAGCAGAAAAUGGAGUUUUUAGCAAAAGCAAGAAUUUUGGUUUUAAAAAAAGAGUAAUUUUGGGUAAAAAUGAAAAUUUUUGGCAUUUUUACCAAAAAUUGAAAAUAAUUGACGGAAAAUAGAUUUGGAUCAAAGUGUAACUUUCUGACAGAACUGAUCAUUUAGAAAAAAAAAUUUGGGUUAAAAAUGUAAAUUUUGCCAAAAAAUUUAAAUUAUUGGCUGGAAAUGGAAUUUUUGCCAAGAAUGAAUGAUUGUUUGGACAGAAAAGUAAGUUUUUGGAAAAAAUGGUCAUUCAGGUAAAAAAAUGACCUAAAAAUGUAAAUUUUUGGGGCAAAUGUAAAUUUUGACAUAAAUGGCCAUUUUUGGCAAAAAGUGUUAAAUUUUUGGCGGGAAAUCAAAUUUUUGAAAAAUAAUCAUUUUGGUUUUAAAAAAAGGCCAAAUUGUGGGUACAAAUGUAGAAUUUUGGCAGAAAUCUCCUUUUUUUCAACGAAAAUGUGAGCUGAAAAUGUAAAUUUGGGGGAGGGGGAGGGAAUGUGAAUUUUUGUUUGGAAAAAAGUGUAUUUUUGAGCCAAAAUGCUUAUGAUUUUUGGCAGAAAUUUGUGCAAGUGUCAGAAAUAUUCAUUUUUGGCAAAAAAUGUAAGUUAUUAGCUGGAAAUGGCAUUUUUGCCAAAAAUGAUCGUUUUGGAAAAAAUGUCAAUUUUUAGCAGAAAUGGUCAUUUAAGCAAAACAAAUAAAAAUUGGGCUGAAAAUGGAAAUUUUAGGGGACAAAUGUAAAUUUUUGACAAAAAUGGCCAUUUUUUGGCAAAAAAGUGUAAAUUUUUGAAAAAUGAUCAUUUUGGUAAAAAAAAAAAUGGACCAAUUUUGGGUAAAAAUGAAGAAUAUUGGCGGGAAUCUUUUUUUUUUUCAACAAAAAUGUGAGCUGAAAAUGUAAAUUGGGGGGGAGGGAAGAAUGGAAUGUUAAUUUUUGGUAAAGCAUGUUUGGAAAAAAAGUGUAUCUAUUUUUGAGCAAAAAUGUUUACGAUUUUUGGCAGAAAUUAGUGCAGGUGUUAAAAAUAUUCAUUUUUAGCAACAAAUGUAAAUUUUCCAAAAAAAAUGUGGAUUUUGGCCAAAAAUGAGCGAUUUUGUGGAAAAACUUGGCAUUUAUGGCAAAAGUGUAAAAUUUUGUCUUUUGACUAGAAAUAAUGAUUUUUUUGCUGAAAAUUGAAUUUUUUUUUUUUUUUUUUUUUUUUUGGGGGGUGUUUGUAAUUAAUUGGUUGAAAGUGAAAAUUUUUAGCAAGAAAGGAACAUUUUUAAUAAAAAAUAUGUACUUUUGGCAAAAAAUGAUUAUUUUUGGCAAAAUUUAUGCAUUUUUGGCCAAGUACAAAGUUUUAGGUAAAAAUUGUUAAUGUUUGGCAAAAAAAUGUGUAAAUUCUGGUAGAAAAUUAGGAUUUUUAACGAUUGCGAGUGCUCGUCCAAAAAUUGGCACUUUUUGGCAGAAACUCAGCCAUUUGGCAAGAAUUGAGCAGUUUUGUCAAACAAAAAAAUUUCUUGCUUGAAGUGAGCAUUUUUGAUCAAAUUUUUAUUUUGUUGCAUAAAAUUGAGCAUUUCUUUUAAAAAAUGAUUUUUUUUUUAAAUGAACGUUUAUUGGCCAAAGAUGAACAAUUUAUUUUUGGAAAAAUUGUGAAUUUUUGCCGAACGGUGAGAAGUUCUAGCUGACUAUUUUUGGCAGAUUUCAGCACUUUGGAUGAAGUAUAAGGUUUUGACAUGAAAUAAAAUGUGUUUGAUUUGGUAAAAAAUGAACAAUUGGGUUGAUAGAAUGAUUUUUUUUGGCUUUUUACAAAAGAUGAACAUUUUUUACAAAAAAAAAAAAUUUGGAAAAAAAUCGUUCUUUUGGCAGAAAAUGAAUUUUAUAAUUUUAUUGAGAGAAAUUUGGCAUUUAUUGUAACGAAUUUUGAGGUUUUGGCAAAAAUUUUCAGUGUUUGGCUAAAAAUGUGUAAUUUUUUUUCAAAUUUGAGCAUUUUUGGUUAAAUUUGAGUAUUUUUGACUAAAAAUGUAGAUUUUUGGUAGAAAAUGAGCAUUUUUUUUUUUUGGCAGAAAAUGAGCAUUUUAGUUUUUGGUAUUUGUGACAGAAAAUAUAAAAGUUUGCAACGUGUUGUAAGGGCAACUAAUGCAACAGCAGUUUCGCCAGCCCUGAUAUUUUAAUUACUAGACGAAUUAAAAAAUUUCUUAGUCUUUUUUUUCUUUUCAAAGAUACCUGGUGACUUUUUUAUUUACCUAAUGUUCGUAGCGAAUUUGAUGUGUUUGAAGAAAUUUUCAAAAGCUAGAGUAAUUUUUAUGUUUGAAAUUUAUCGUGUUUUUUUGUAGAUCUAAAUCAAGCUCCGAUUGAUUGGCGAACUUUGGGGUACAAUGUGCUGGUUAGAAUUUGAUAAGAAUCAGUCAACAUUGUCAACAACUUCUCGAGAAGAUUUUUCAUUAGAUGAGAGCUUCGUAAAAAUUCAAAGUGUUAUACGAUUAAUGACGAAGUUCAGUUCACUUUUUGGAAAUCGUCGUAGAUAAUUUGCGGUUUUUCUUUUUACGUAGAAAUCAUGUUGUACUUACUAAAUAUUCGAGUGUAUUUUUCGUCGAUCGACGAUGAAAUUAAUGCAAUUUAAAUCUAAAUAAAUUUUUCUUUCUUCGUCACGAUUAGGUAAUUGGAAACGAUAAAUCAAUGAUUUAUAUCGAAAGUUUACCACCACGUAUAACUUAUUGUUAAAAAUAUCUCGAUGGACGACGUACUAUAAAUAGGUAGUACAAUAGAGUAAUAAAAACACUCGCAGUUAUUUCCUCUUUGGUAAAAAUCUAUCGAAUAACGUCGAAAGGUUUUUUCCCCUGUGUUUUCACCGUGUGAAGAAAGCUCUACUACGUACCUACCUAGCUACGUUAAAUGUGUCACAACUUUUUAUCGUAGAAAUUGCAACGGUUACAAAGUAAAUGAAUUGAAUAGACUAAAUAAAUCAAUCCGAAUGACCACGGAUCCUGCGUAGGCUAUUCUGGAAAAGGGGUUAUAGAGAGACACAAACACACGUAGAAUUAUAUCCUAGUAUACUAAAUAUUCCAAGUACCUACCACGUUUUUAUUGUACUUUGUAGUUUUUAUUAUAGGAUUAGCCUAUAUUUUGUUGUUUUUCUUUUUCUUCUUUUUUUGUCGUCGAUAACGUCUCGGUAUAUAAGUUUUCCUUCUCGCGAAAAUUUUAUUUUUUUUGAGCCGAUUGUACUGUACAAUGUACGAUGAGCUGUUGAAUAAUUCUAGUUAGCCUGUAAAGUGCCAUUUUUUUAUAAUAUUUAAGGUUUAUUUCCCCGGUAUUAUAAUUGUGAACGAAACUUGUCAUAUGUUCGAUGUACUGUACUAUUUAUGUGUUUAUAAUUCGGAAAACAGGGUACAAAUAUAAAUACAAUUUUUGUGCGUCGUGUAUAUACUUAUAACUAUACUAUUAUGGAGAAUUUUGUGUCAAUUUUUCUCUUUAUUAUUUUUUUUCUCUCGUACGUGGUUUUUUUUUUGUUUGUUCUUUUCUUUGAAAAUGGUACUGUUUUAUAGCACUGAUUAAAAUUUUAAUAAAAGCUCGUUCAUCUUUACGAAAACUUAACGAAUGUCUAAAAUUAUACACGUGCUGAUAUAUCAAUCGUAGUAUUUUUAAUUAUGUUGUACGAAAUUUUUCUCUCUGUUUUUUGGAGUAUGAUUUAAAUUUUUUGAGACCAAAGUAAGAGUCAUAUUGAUCGAUCGUGUGUUGAAAUAUGUCAUCGAGAUGGAGUUUAUUUCGAUUACCUAUCUAGAAAAGCUUGGAACAAACUGGAGUUCUGUAAUGAUUCGAUGUGGUUGUUAAUUAUUAUGAUUCAAAGUCCGUGUUAAUAACUGACAAGAUUUACUUACCUUUAACUGCUCGUUGAUUCAAAAAGUAGUAUCUUUAUUAUGUUUUAUCUCAAAUUUCAAUCAGUUCUUCAAAGUAUUAAAUUAUUGUGGUACAUUUAAAAAAAAUUGCUUAGAUAUACGAAAUUAUUUCCAAAUGGACCAGUUGACUUUAUUGAAUUAAUGAACUCCGCAAUCGAUGACAAUAUUUCUGCUGAUUAAACUAGGUAGAGAAAUUUGUGAGAAGAAAUUUAUUAUGGAAAUCAAUUUGAAUUAAAAUUCAUCUGAGAGUAUUUAAAAUCUUACCUACAUUUACUGCAGUAAUUACCUAUUGAUAUAUCAGUGAAAAUGUAUUUUAAAUUAUAUUAACAUAAUCAUUGUUAUAUUUAAAAGUAUUCCUAUCGAGAAUCAAAAGUUAAUAUGUUAAUACAUACGUUUUUGCAUUCUUAUGAAAAGUGAUUCUAUGUAUUUUUGUAUGUGUUAGCAUUAAUCCAUAAAUUUUUAUAAAUAUUGUGUUACCUUG